CGCGCGGCCACUCCGCGCCUGCGCAGGAGCGGCGGGAGGCUCGGGUUGCGGGCUCCGGGCGCUUGCUCCUGUCAGUCGGUGGGUCGGUCCUCCCGCCGGCCCUCCCCCUCCGCGUCCUCCGGGGGAGGCGCGGCGGAGUCCGCCCCCGGGAUCCCCCGAUGGGGGAGAAGCGGCGACGGCGGCAGCGGAAUAACCGAGCCGGAGCGUGAGCGGCCCCGGGGCCCGGCUGCCCGCGGAGGCCAUGGGCGACCCAGCCCCCGCCCGCAGCCUGGACGACAUCGACCUGUCCGCCCUGCGGGACCCUGCUGGAAUCUUUGAGCUGGUGGAAGUGGUCGGCAAUGGAACGUACGGACAGGUGUACAAGGGUCGGCACGUCAAGACUGGGCAGCUGGCUGCCAUCAAGGUCAUGGACGUCACAGAGGACGAGGAGGAGGAGAUCAAACAGGAGAUCAACAUGCUGAAGAAGUACUCUCACCACCGCAACAUCGCCACCUACUAUGGGGCCUUCAUCAAGAAGAGCCCGCCCGGGAAUGAUGACCAGCUGUGGCUGGUGAUGGAGUUCUGCGGCGCAGGCUCGGUGACGGACCUGGUGAAGAACACGAAAGGGAACGCCCUGAAGGAGGACUGCAUCGCUUACAUCUGCCGGGAGAUCCUGCGGGGUCUGGCCCACCUCCACGCUCACAAGGUGAUCCAUCGGGACAUCAAGGGGCAGAAUGUGCUGCUGACGGAGAAUGCCGAGGUCAAGCUAGUGGAUUUCGGGGUGAGUGCCCAGCUGGACCGCACUGUGGGCAGGCGGAACACUUUCAUCGGGACCCCCUACUGGAUGGCUCCAGAGGUCAUCGCCUGUGACGAGAACCCCGAUGCCACUUACGAUUACCGGAGUGACAUUUGGUCUCUAGGAAUCACAGCCAUCGAGAUGGCAGAGGGGGCCCCCCCUCUGUGUGACAUGCACCCCAUGCGAGCCCUCUUCCUCAUCCCACGGAACCCACCCCCCAGACUCAAGUCCAAGAAAUGGUCUAAGAAGUUCACCGACUUCAUUGACACGUGUCUUAUCAAGACGUACCUGAGCCGCCCGCCCACAGAGCAGCUGCUCAAGUUCCCCUUCAUCCGCGACCAGCCCACUGAGCGCCAGGUCCGCAUCCAGCUCAAGGACCACAUAGACCGCUCUCGGAAGAAGCGAGGCGAGAAGGAGGAGACGGAGUACGAGUACAGCGGCAGCGAGGAGGAAGACGACAGCCACGGAGAGGAGGGCGAGCCCAGCUCCAUCAUGAACGUGCCCGGGGAGUCCACGCUGCGCCGGGAGUUCCUGCGGCUACAGCAGGAGAAUAAGAGCAACUCGGAGGCCGUGAAGCAGCAGCUGCAGCAGCAGCAGCUCCAGCAGCAGCGGGACCCAGAGGCACACAUCCAACACCUGCUGCACCAGCGCCAGCGCCGCAUCGAGGAGCAGAAGGAGGAACGGCGGCGUGUGGAGGAGCAACAGCGGCGGGAACGGGAGCAGCGGAAGCUGCAGGAGAAGGAGCAGCAGCGGCUGGAGGACAUGCAGGCCCUGAGGCGGGAGGAGGAACGGCGGCAGGCCGAGCGCGAGCAGGAGUAUAUCCGUCACAGGCUAGAGGAGGAGCAGCGACAGCUCGAGAUCCUCCAGCAACAGCUGCUCCAGGAACAGGCCCUGCUGCUGGAGUACAAGCGGAAGCAGCUGGAGGAGCAGCGGCAGUCGGAGCGGCUCCAGCGGCAGCUGCAGCAGGAGCACGCCUACCUCAAGUCCCUCCAGCAGCAGCAGCAGCAGGGCCUGCCCGCGGACAGGAAGCCGCUCUACCACUACGGCCGCGGUGUCGCUGCCACCGACAAGCCGGCCUGGGCCCGGGAGGUGGAGGAGAGAACGAGGAUGAACAAGCAGCAGAACUCCCCCUUGGCCAAGACCAAGCCCGGCAGCACGGGGCCCGAGCCCCCCCUUCCCCAGGCCACCCCUGGGCCCCCGGGCCCCCUUUCCCAAACCCCUCCUAUGCAGAGGCCGGUAGAGCCCCAGGAGGGACCGCACAAGAGCCUGGUGGCGCACCGGGUCCCACUGAAGCCAUAUGCAGCGCCUGUACCCCGAUCCCAGUCCCUGCAGGACCAGCCCACCCGAAACCUGGCUGCCUUCCCAGCCGCCCACGAGCCCGACCCCGCCGUCCCCACGCCCAGCACCACGCCCAGCGCCCGAGGAGCCGUCAUCCGCCAGAACUCAGAUCCCACCUCCGAAGGGCCUGGCCCCAGCCCGAGCCCCACAGCCUGGGUCCGGCCGGAUCCUGAGGCCCCACCCAAGGUGCCUCAGAGGACCUCCUCCAUUGCCGCUGCCCUCAACACCAGUGGGGCCGGAGGGGCCCGGCCUGCUCAGGCUGUCCGCGCCAGACCUCGCAGCAACUCCGCCUGGCAAAUCUAUCUGCAAAGGCGGGCAGAGCGGGGCACCCCCAAGCCUCCAGGGCCCCCCGCUCAGCCCCCUGGCCCGCCCAACGCCUGUAGCAACCCCGACCUCAGGAGGAGCGACCCUGGCUGGGAGCGCCCGGAAGGUGCCCUCCCGUCUCAUGGGCACCUCCCGCAGGCCGGCUCACUGGAGCGGAACCGCGUGGGAGCCUCCUCCAAACUGGACAGCUCCCCCGUGCUCUCCCCCGGAAACAAAGCCAAGCCCGAGGACCACCGCUCCCGGCCAGGCCGGCCCGCAAGCUAUAAGCGCGCCAUCGGUGAGGAUUUUGUGCUGUUGAAAGAGAGAACCCUGGACGAGGCCCCACGGCCUCCCAAGAAGGCCAUGGACUACUCGUCCUCCAGUGAGGAGGUGGAAAGCAGCGAAGAUGAGGAGGAAAGCAACGGCGAGCCCUCUGAGGGGAGCAGAGAUACCCCCGGGGCCCGUGACGGAGACACCGACAGCGUCAGCACCAUGGUGGUCCACGACGUGGAGGAGAUGGCCGGGACCCAGACCCCCUAUGGGGGCGGCACCAUGGUGGUCCAGCGCACCCCCGAGGAGGAGCGCGGCCUGCUGCACGCGGACAGUAACGGCUACACCAACCUUCCUGACGUUGUCCAGCCCAGCCACUCGCCCACAGAGAGUGGCAAAGGCCAAAGUCCCCCCUCGAAGGACGGAGGCAGCGACUACCAGUCUCGCGGGCUGGUAAAGGCCCCUGGCAAGAGCUCAUUCACCAUGUUUGUGGACCUAGGGGUCUACCAGCCCGGAGGCAGUGGGGACACCAUCCCCAUCACAGCCCUGGUAGGGGGAGAGGGUGGCCGGCUGGAUCAGCUCCAGUAUGACGUCCGGAAAGGGUCAGUGGUCAACGUGAACCCCACCAACACCCGCGCUCACAGCGAGACCCCCGAGAUUCGGAAGUACAAAAAGCGGUUCAAUUCAGAGAUCCUCUGUGCAGCCCUUUGGGGCGUCAACCUGCUGGUGGGCACAGAGAACGGCCUGAUGCUGCUGGACCGCAGCGGCCAGGGCAAGGUGUACGGGCUCAUCGGGCGGCGGCGCUUCCAGCAAAUGGACGUGCUGGAAGGUCUCAACCUGCUCAUCACCAUCUCAGGGAAAAGGAACAAACUGCGGGUUUAUUACCUGUCUUGGCUCCGGAACAAGAUUCUGCACAACGACCCGGACGUGGAGAAGAAGCAGGGCUGGACCACCGUGGGGGACAUGGAGGGCUGUGGGCACUACCGCGUGGUGAAAUAUGAGCGCAUUAAGUUCCUGGUCAUCGCCCUCAAGAACUCCGUGGAGGUGUAUGCCUGGGCCCCCAAGCCCUACCACAAGUUCAUGGCCUUCAAGUCCUUCGCCGACCUCCCUCACCGCCCUCUGCUGGUCGACCUGACCGUGGAAGAGGGUCAGCGACUCAAGGUCAUCUACGGCUCCAGCGCCGGCUUCCACGCAGUGGACGUGGACUCGGGGAACAGCUAUGACAUCUAUAUCCCCGUGCACGUAAGCUGGGCGGGGCUUGGCGCGGGCACGGCAGUGGGGGGCGUAGCCUGCAGCACGCCCUCUCGCCCCCAGAUCCAGAGCCAGAUCACGCCCCACGCCAUCAUCUUCCUCCCCGACACUGACGGCAUGGAGAUGCUGCUCUGCUACGAGGACGAGGGCGUCUAUGUGAACACCUAUGGGCGGAUCAUUAAGGAUGUGGUGCUGCAGUGGGGAGAGAUGCCCACCUCUGUGGCCUACAUCUGCUCCAACCAGAUCAUGGGCUGGGGUGAGAAAGCCAUUGAGAUCCGCUCGGUGGAGACGGGCCACCUGGACGGCGUCUUCAUGCACAAACGGGCCCAGAGGCUCAAGUUCCUGUGCGAACGGAACGACAAGGUGUUCUUCGCCUCCGUCCGCUCCGGGGGCAGCAGCCAGGUUUACUUCAUGACGCUGAACCGGAACUGCAUCAUGAACUGGUGAUGGGACAGCCGCCCCCGCAGCCAGACCCCCCAGCCCGCCCUCCUUUCCCCUCCCUGGGCUUUUGCUUUUGACUGGUUUGAUUCACUGGAGCCUGCUGGGAACGUGACCUCUGACCCCUGACGCUUUUGUGAUCACGUGACCAUCCUGUUCCCCCCCCCCCCCAGUUCAUUCUCUCCCCAAAACUGUGCCUGUCCCAAUUCCAGGGAGAGGAACGGCUUCCCCUUACCAGGAAUCCAGAGGGCCGAGCCCCACCCCCCUUUUCUCCACUUCCGAGGAGAGUGCUGGGGCGGGCACCCAUACCCCACUGCUGCUGACCAGGCAGGGCCCUGGGCCCCUUCAUUUGCACGUCAGGGGAGCCGGCUCCCCCCUUGAAUGUACCAGACCCUGGGGGGGGUCACUGGGCCCUAGGUUUCAGGGGGGUCGCCCGCCACUCCAGGGGCAGGGACCAUUUCCUCAUUUUCUGAAAGCACUUUAAUGAUUCCCCUCCCCCCAAACCCCAGGGAAUGGAGGGGGGACCCCGCCAGCCAAAACAUUUCCCCCUUUCCAACCCCUUUUCUUUCUAGCCUCUGUCCUUCUCUGGUGGAGGGAGGGAGUGGGGAGCUCUCGCUCCCCCCUGCACCCCCUUGCUUGCCUCUGUAUAUAGUGUGAGCAGCAAGUAGCCCUGCCCCGCCCCCCCUCAAUGUAGUGGCCUUGGAUAUUCCGUUUGUUAAUAAAGACAAUUCAACCAGCUCCUACCA